UUACGACUUCAACAGAGAAGGACCCAGGAACAGCUGGCUAACCAAGGCAUAAUACCACCACUGAAAAGUCCGACUGAAUUCCAUGAGCAAAGAAAAAAUUUGGAUAGUGACAAGACUGAAGAUUCCCUGAAGCGCAAGGCCAGAAACAGGUCCAGCCGAGCCGACUUGGUUAAUAUGCACAUACUCCAAGCCUCCACUGCAGAGAAGUCCAUUCCAACCACUCAGAUGAAGCUGAAAAGAGCCCGACUCGCAGAUGACCUCAAUGAAAAAAUUGCUCUCCGACCAGGGCCGCUGGAGCUGGUGGAGAAGAACAUACUCCCUGUGGAUUCUGCUGUGAAAGAGGCCAUAAAAGGUAACCAGGUGAGUUUCUCCAAAUCGGCGGAUGCAUUCGCCUUUGAAGAGGAGAGCAGCAGCGAUGGGCUUUCUCCAGAUCAGACCAGAAACGAAGACCCGCAGGGCUCAGCGGGAUCCCCCCCAGAUGCCAAAGCCUCAGAGACCCCUUUGGCAGGCCCUCUGGGGACAAUCCAGGAUCUUGCUUCUGGCUCAGAAAAUGAGAGGAGUGACUCAGCCUCACAGCCCGGCAACCAGUCAGACACAGGGAAGCAGGGGCUCGGUGCUCUCAGUGGCCCCACCCCCGUGCAUGCUGCUGUCAAGGCCAAGUCCUUGGCUGACAGUAAGAACCGCCACAAAAAGCCCAAGGACCCCAAGCCGAAGGUGAAGAAGCUCAAAUACCACCAGUACAUUCCCCCAGACCAGAAGGCAGAGAAGUCCCCUCCGCCCAUGGACUCCGCCUACGCCCGGCUGCUCCAGCAGCAGCAGCUGUUCCUGCAGCUCCAGAUCCUCAGCCAGCAGCAGCAGCAGCAGCAGCAGCACCGAUUCAGCUACCCCGGGAUGCACCAAGCUCAGCUGAAAGAACCAAACGAACAGAUGGUCAGAAAUCCAAACUCUUCUUCAACACCGCUGAGCAAUACCCCUUUGUCUCCCGUCAAAAACACUUUUUCUGGACAAACUGGUGUCUCUUCUCUCAAACCAGGCCCACUCCCACCUAACCUGGAUGAUCUGAAGGUCUCCGAAUUAAGACAACAGCUUCGAAUACGAGGCUUGCCCGUGUCAGGCACCAAAACGGCCCUCAUGGACCGGCUCCGACCCUUCCAGGACUGUUCUGGCACCACCGUGCCGAACUUCGGGGACAUCACGACGGUCACCUUCCCCGUGACACCCAACACGCUGCCCAAUUACCAGUCCUCCCCCUCGGCCGGGGCCUUAUCCAAUGGCUUCUACCACUUCGGCAGCACCAGCUCCAGCCCCCCCAUCUCCCCGGCCUCGUCCGACCUGUCUGUGGCCGGGUCCCUGCCGGACACCUUCAACGACGCGUCCCCGUCCUUCGGCCUGCACGCGUCCCCGGCGCACGUGUGCACGGAGGAGAGUCUCCUGAGCAGCCUCAACGGGGGCUCUGUCCCCUCCGAGCUGGACGGGCUGGACUCCGAGAAGGACAAGAUGCUGGUGGAGAAGCAGAAGGUGAUCAACGAGCUCACCUGGAAACUCCAGCAGGAGCAGAGGCAGGUGGAGGAGCUGAGGAUGCAGCUGCAGAAGCACAAGAGGAGCAGCUGCGCGGAGAAGAAGCCGCCGCCCUUCUUGGCUGCACCCAUCAAGCAGGAGGACGCCGUCUCCAGCUGUCCUUUUGCGUCCCAGCAGGUAUCUGUGCAAAGACAGAACAGCUGCUCGGAGAGUCAGCCCCCGGCCUGCGAGGCUGCUCCGCUCCUGCCCCUUGGAAAAGCUCACGGCGGGGAGUCCGCAGGUCAAAGCAACGUCCUUGCUUCCACGUUCCUCAGCCCCCAGUGCUCCCCCCAGCAUUCGCCCCUUGGGGCUGUGAAGAGCCCGCAGCACAUCAGUUUGCCCCCGUCGCCCAACAACCACUACUUCCUACCCGCCUCUUCCGGGGCGCAGGGGGAAGGCCACAAGGUCUCCUCACCCGCCGGCAGCCAGGUGUGCACCACACAGAAUUCAGGGGCGCACAAUGGCCAUCCUCCAAGCUUCUCUCCGCAGUCUUCCAGCCUCCACCCUCAUUUCUCUGGAGCCCAGGCAGACAGCAGUCACAGUGCUGGGGGCAACCCUUGUCCCCAAAGCCCAGGUAUACAGCAAAAGAUGGCUGGUUUACACCCUGCUGAUAAGGCAGGGCCAAAGUUUCCAAUUCCAUCCCCAACUUUUCCUAAGUCAAAUUCAGCAGCGUCAGAGAUAACACAGCCUCCCUCAUAUGAAGAUGCCGUAAAGCAGCAAAUGACUCGGAGCCAGCAGAUGGAUGAACUCCUGGACGUCCUCAUUGAAAGUGGAGAAAUGCCAGCUGAUGCCAGAGAGGAUCACUCAUGUCUUCAAAAAGUCCCAAAGAUACCUGGGCCUUCCCGAAGCCCUGCUGCUGUCCUUGCCAAGCCCUCAGCUUCCUUCGAACAAGCGUCCUCUGGAGGCCAGCUCCCCUUUGACCAUUAUGCCACCGAUAACGAGGAGCAUCUGGAAGUCUUAUUAAAUUCCCAGAGCCCCUUAGGAAAGGUGAGCGAUGUCACCCUUCUAAAAGUUGGAAACGAGGAGCCUCCUUUUGAGGGGAUAAUGGAUGGAUUCUCGGGGAAGGCUGCAGAAGACCUCUUCAGUGCUCACGAGAUCUUGCCAGGCCCCCUGUCCCCGAUGCAGACACAGUUUUCACCCUCUUCUGUGGACAGCCAUGGGCUGCAGUUAAGCUUCACUGAAUCUCCUUGGGAAACCAUGGAGUGGCUGGACCUCACGCCACCAAGUUCCACACCAGGUUUUAGCUCCCUCACCACGAGCGGCCCCAGCAUCUUCAACAUUGAUUUCCUGGAUGUCACGGAUCUCAAUUUGAAUUCCCCCAUGGACCUUCACUUGCAACAGUGGUAG